ACUAUCAAUACUAUUCAUACAAUAAUGAUUGCUACUGCCUUUGUUGCCUCGCUUGCUAUUGUCGCUGCGACUGCUGCCCCAUCCAAGCCUACUGCUGCUCAUUUGCAGAGUAUUGCUCCUAUGCGCGGAAAGACUCUUGCUGCUACCCCAUAUGGUCCUAUUACCUACAAUAUGGGUGCUCCUCUUCUUACUGGACCACUUGACGUUUACUAUGUCUACUAUGGCAAUUGGACCGAUAGUCAGAAAAAGCUCGUCCAAGACUUCACUUCUGGUCUUGGUGACUCUGACUGGUGGACAACCACUAAAAAGUACUACUACCAGGCCGAUGCUUCGUCUCCAAAGGUUCAUGUUGAUGGUCAGGUUAGAUUUGCUGGAUCUGCUGAUGACAACUACUCUCUCGGCAAGUCGCUCAGUGGUGAUGAUGUUCCCAACAUUGUCAAGAAUGCAAUUGCUGCCGGUUCGUUCCCCGAAAGUGAAACCUCGCUUUACUAUGUUCUGAUUGACGAGCUUGUUUCGGAGCACGCUCUUGGCUCGUCUUUCUGCACUAGAUACUGCGGUUACCAUAACCAAGGUAGUUUUACAAGCGGUAAAGCUUUCCCCUAUGCUCUUUCUGGUAAAAUCGGCAGCUCCUGCAUCGGCGGAUGUGGCCCCCCAUCCAACCAGGAUAUUUCUCCCAACAAUGAUGCUGCCACUGAUGCUAUGAUUUCCGUCAUGGCCCAUGAAAUUACCGAGGCUGUCACCGAUCCCUUUGCAAAACGUGCAUGGAACGACACUCCAGGUUUUGAAAAUGGUGACAAGUGUGCCUACAAGUACGGUAGUACCCAGACUGACUCCAACGGUGCUUCGUACAACAGUGGAUGGAAUGGACACAACUUCCUCAUUCAGAUGAACUGGGAUCCCGAGACUCAGGCAUGCACCCAAGGCUCUGGUGCCAGCAACGUACCAUCCACCACCACUACACCAUGGAUAUCUGCUGUAUCUACGUCGGUCGCAGCUGUGACGAAUAGAUAUUAAAUUGAACCAUCUUAUACUUUCGUAUAUUCCAAUGUCACUUAAAGCCUGGCUCUGUAAACUUUAAACCUUUAGUUUAUCCAAUUUGUAUGAAUUUGAAAAUAAAUAUGCUGAGUUGAUCUCCAGUUACUUGAUGUUGAC